AUGCACGACGUCGAUGAGGCCGACGACGGCGCGUCCCGCGACGUUGGCUGCGACAAGGGCGGAGCCGAGCAGGGCGAAGAAAGUUUUCUGGCGCUGCUGAAUUCGGAGGGAUUUCCAAGCAGCUUUCUCUACGAACGGAGCUAUCGACACAGCCAUUCUCUGCAGGAUCUUGGUGUUGUACAGGACGAGCUUGGCAGCCUCAUUGCCACGGUGGACUCGACUGGGACGCUGCGUGCGUGGCGAAAGCUUCCGCGUGGUGUGUUUUUCCUGGGGGAUCGCCAGGGUCUUUUUCCGCAGCGGGUGGUUGAGGGGGACCUCAAUGACGCGGUGAAGCACUUUAUUCUCACUGACCCACUCACGCCCAGUCUGUUCGUGCUGCGCGUUAUGCCGUGUCUGGAGGCGACAGCUGGCGUUGUGAGGGUUGUCGUUGAGGUCCGUCUUAUGAGCUCCGCUCUCAUGACGGUGGAAUCCCGUCUCUCUUGCGAGUUCAGCGUGACGCUAGGCACGAAAGCCGAGUCUCUGUGUUGGAAGGAGAGCGUCACGCAACGACCCUUUUUACUACACCACGAUCACCAACCAUUUAUUGUUUUUUUCACCAUGGAAAAGGAUGGAACGAGCCACACCGUGUUUUUGCCGUGUAUCACGGAAAAGGCGCCGCGUUCUGGCGGCACAGCCACAAUUGUGGCUUCCACUCCGCUGAGCACAGCCAAUCUUGUGGUCUGUUGCCAGCAGCACCGAUCAAGCGGCCUGGUGGUCUUGGUUGAUGAGAGGGGCAUCGUCGAUUACGCACGCAUCAUGGUCUCACCUGACAAUGAAGAUCGGGCUCGUGUUUAUCUUCAAGUCGUCUCUGGGGUGCCGCCGCGUGGCGCAGCUGACCCCAUGCUGCUGCGGCGGUGGAUUACCUUUGCACGGCGCCAGAAGACCGGCUUUUUUACAUUGUUGCGAGAUGCCAUGGGUUUUGCCAAGGCCGGAAGGCUGAUGCUGCCGCUUCAUGUUGGGUUUUCCGCAACUGGGAGGUAUUUUGUGGUGUCAAGUGGCCUCCUGCGUGAGGGCCACGUGUGUGUGAUUGCGCAUGUUUUCGACUUCUCCAGCGGUCAACUUCUCUGCCACGGCGAAACCGAGGAAACGGCAACUCCGUCGCUUGCUGGGGCAAGCGCUCUGCAGGCGGCACUGCGGCUAAUGCGUGGUGCCGCGUUUGACGUCGUCGUGGAGGACGCCGUGCGCAAAUCCCCGAAAGGUGGGGCGGGGGGCGUCUGGGUGUUCGUCCCAGAGAUUAUUUUGGGGACCUCGUUUGAGGAGCGCGUCUGUGGUCGCCGCGUCUUUGUCUUUCGUGCCGCGCCGUUGCCUGCUAACCGAGCGCCGCUGGCGGGCGGAACUGGGGCCUCCAUCUGUGCCUCAGCGACGCCGUUCCACAUGGAGCAGGUGUGGCGCGCCAUUGGAGAUCUGGAGAAAACUGUUCGAGAGAUGCUUCUUCCGGCGUCUUCGUUGCUGGCGUCAGGCGCGGCGCUGCACCGGCACUUUGCUGCCCCCCUGUCACUGAUACGGCUCACCGCUCCUGCCAGCCAAGCUCUCAAGAACCUUGUGGCUCAGUCCCCCGUCGGCGCCACUCUCUUGCAGGAGGACAUCAAACGACUUUUUGAUGUUUCAAGCACGGCGGCCUUGGCAGCCUCGUCCAAUGCGCGGUUUCUUGACGCCGCUGAUCCCACGUUUUGUACAACAUCGCCGGGGGAACCCGCCCUUUUAUUGUACACAAGGUAUGAGGCGCAGUUGGGGGUGAGUGGUGCGUUGCAGUCAGAGCACACUGCUCCCACCGAUGCCACGGAGGUCGUCGGCGGAAAGACGGGGCAACAGCAUCACGAAAAAACGUUAUCCGAUUUACACCAGAGGCGCGACUUUGACUGUGGCGAUCUGCUUGUUAUGCAGACCUCUCUUCAGAGUGUGAUGCCGCGUGAGGCGGUGACAGACGACGACGAUGACAAGGAAGAAAAUAACAAUAACAACAACAACGGAAAAAACCAGGAGCCUGAGGACGCCGCUCAAGAGAAGCGUGACGACCAUGAAUUGGACGCUGACGUGGAGGAGCGACGCGUACAACACAUCAUCACGGCGGCGACAGCACGGACCAUAGAGUGGGGAACGUCGGCCGUUCACGUCUCUUUGUUUAUAGACAACUUUGGGACGGUUACUCUCCGCCUACUGCCCCAGUUCGCGCCAAAGGCUGUGAAGAAUUUUCUUGCCCUGGCAAGAGAGGGUUUUUACAACGGGUUGACGUUCCAUCGUGUGGUGCCGGGUUUCAUGAUUCAAGGCGGAUGCCCUGUUGGGGAUGGUAGUGGGGGGAGAAGUGUUUUUGGCGAGAAGUUUGAGGACGAGGGGGUGCAUGUCAUGGAUUUCUUCUCGUACCCAACCGUGUACUGGAUGUGCAUGGCCAAUUGUGGCCCCAACACGAACGAGUCGCAGUUUUUCAUCACCGUGGGUGCGGCGGCGCCGUGGUUGAAUGGAAAGCACACCGUUUUUGGCUUUGUGGUCGCGGGAAAGCCGGUGGUGCGCGCGGUUGCGCAGACGCCACGAGGGGAGGAUGACAAGCCAAUCACCCCCGUCGUGAUUCGGCGUGUCGUCGCCACGGAACGGGCGACAGACGAGUAA